AUGGAGGACGAGUGGCGUACGGACGACUUGGCUCCGCAAGAGGAUCUGAAAAUCACGCCGCAGGACAUUGAUGUGGACGUGACAGAAGGUGUGAACGAGGUUCCUAUGGACGAGGGAGAAGAGGCUGAGACGCACGACCCGGAAGAAGAGUUUCAGGACGAUUCCAUCGCGGCAUUUUACUCGCACCGCAAGUCUGUGUUCUGUGUCGCGCUUCAUCCUAAGUUCCCUAACCCGCCUCUCUCCGUGAGUGGCGGUGAAGACGAUGCUGCCUGGAUUUGGAAUACGAUUGAUGGCACAGAGGUAGCCCACCUGACGGGCCACGCAGACAGUGUCAUUGCGGUGGCGUUCAGUCACGAUGGCGAGAUGGUCGCGACAGGUGGCCUGGAUGGUCGUGUGCGUCUAUGGCGCCGCCAUGGAUCGGGCCAUGAAUGGUUCCACUGGGAAUUUCUAACCAACCUCGAGGGUCCCUCGGAGAUUGUGUGGCUGACAUGGCAUCCACGCGGCCCUGUGCUCGUGGCUGGCUCCUCCGACACGACGAUCUGGAUGUGGAAGUUGCCAUCGGGAGCCGAAAUGAAUGUAUUCAAUGGCCAUACCGGCUCUGUGACCUGUGGCCGCUUCACGCCGGAUGGCCGAAAGCUCGUCACAGGCAGCGAUGAUGGCUCGCUGAUUGUAUGGGAUCCUGCCACGGCUGCGCCCUUGGCGAAGCUCAAGGAUACGGAUGCCCGGUUUGCUCUGGAUGGGGGAAUUACGUCGCUGUGCAUCAGUCCUGACAACAAGCUGGUCGUCGUUGGUGGUGCCGCUGGUGGUGUGCGUGUGGUGAGCAUUGCCAACAUUGACAACGGCGCGCCGGCCCAAGUGGUUGCUGCCUUGGAUGGCCAUGACGAAGGCGAGAGCAUUGAGACGGUGGAAUUCAUUGAUCUUGUGCCAGCUAACACACCUGGUACGUUCGCCGGUCCUACUUCGCGCACGUCGACGCACGUUGUGACUGCCUGCACGGAUGGUCGCGUGAUUGCCUGGGACUUGACGCAGGGCAAAAUGCGUGGCGAGGCACGUCAUGAGUCGGCUGUGACCAAGCUGAUUGUCCAUCCCAAUACACCGCUGUUCACCACCAGCUCGAUGGACCACCGUCUUCGCACGUGGGACGCACGUACCAUGCAGCUCCUCGCUACGCAGCAUGGCUUCACCGAUGGCGUUCUCGAUGUCGCUGUAGGCAUUGACGAUGGCAUUACGCAGGGCAUGGAAUCGGGCGGUAUUGGCGCGUACGUGGACCCUUCGCAGUCGAAGGGCUACAAGCUGAUCGGCGCAGGCGAUGAAGGCGUCGCGCUUGUGUUCCGCCUGCAAUAA